AUGCAGAGGCCGAAAGUCACCAGAAUAUCAGUCAGGGAAGAUGUCAUCACUGGAAAGUAUCUCAAUGCUCUCCUGGACAUACUUCAUUUCCAAAGCACUAAUAUCUGGACCACAGACAUGCUUAACAAAAUCAUGGCAUAUUUCCAUGCUCAGAAUAUUGUAAUUUCUUACAGCAGCUUACAGGUGUCUAUAAAGAAUUAUUUGGAGAAUCUCUUAUACCACCCCAAAAUGCUGCUGUCUGAGUUCCGUCAGAUGGAUCGUCGCCAUUUUCAAACUGCAAUGAAAUAUCUCUUCGAAAGUAAGCAGGUCCAUUUGGAAUUGGGAAAUAUCAUCCUUGAUCUAGCUGGGAUAAGAGAGAAGAUUUUCCAAAGUCCUGGAGGAAACAGGACCUUGUUCCUCAUUACUCUAGAGAGGUGCUUUCAGGCUUUGAAUUCCGGGGAAUGUGUGGAUAUAUUAAGCCAAGUCUUGCGAGUGUCUUCCAUGACUUAUCUCCAGCUUCAUACCAUAGCAAGCCUCCCGCAGGAUCUUCAGGAAGAUGCAUUUCGGAAUCUGUCAAUGGUAUUCAAAGACCUCUACGACAGAAUAACAGCAAACGCACAACGAGCUCUUUAUGAAUGGAUGACACAGAUCCUGCAAAAAUCCUAUAACGCCAGUGAGAAUUCAACCUCAUGGGUCAGUGCAGAAAACCUGUGCAUUUUGGGAAGGUAUGUGGUUCACCUCCCGCUAGAAGAAAUCAGGAAAAUUAACUCUAAUGAAAUGAGGCUGUUCAUCAGUUAUGACAAUGCGACCAAGCAACUUGAUACGGUGUAUGACAUCACACCAGGUGUUGCUCAAGCCUUCUUGGAACGAAUAAAUGCAUCAGGAUUUGACAUGAGAAACACAUCAACUCUCUAUAGGUUAGGUCUGCUUGUUUGUUUUUACAAUGACCUAGAGCAGAUGGACGCUGCCGUGGCCCGUGUUCUGCUUCAUCAGAUGAUUAAAUGUAACCAGUUGAGAGGCUUUCAGGCAGACAUCCACAAGCUGAAAUCUCAACUUCUCGACAUUGCCAUGCAAAACCAGACCUUGAAUGACACCCUUGGGUCCCUCUCAGAUGCCGUUGUGGAGUUGACUUCCAGCCUGCUGGACUCCCUCUCUCCUGAGGCCGUGCACAACGCGAUUUCAACAUUAAACCAAGUCUCUGGAUGGGCCAAGAGCCAGCUGGUGAUUUUAGCCAGCAAAUACCUUGCGUACGAAAAGGCAUUAUCAUUUCAUAACAUCAGUCAAAUGGGUGCUUUGGUGAUGGGGAUCACUGCCCAGUCCUUCCACAGCAUGAACCCCAAAGAACUCUUGCAAACGAUCAAAGGCACACUAGCUCAAUACACAUCUGAUCUGUCACCAGCGCAACAACAAGGGAUCCUCCGGAAGAUGGUCACAUCCACAGAACUGUCGUCAGUGAUCACCGACAUCCAAGGAGCCCUUUUCAAAGAAGUCUCUCUUUUCGAUUUAUGGAAGGAAGAAGGCUUUAACUCAUCACUGGUGAAAGAAAAAGAAUUAAGGCCAAGUCAGGCUUUGUUUCUGUAUGAAUUAUUGUCGACGAAGAUUCCUCCUUCUGAUCUAUUAAGCAUCCCCCAGUUGGUGAAAGGAAUAACGUGUUGGCAGAUUGAAAGUAUGAGCACCAUCUCUUUUCUAAACGUUUUUGAACUUUUUGAAAAGCAUCUUCACUUACUUUCACCAUACCAGAUCAAUUGUUUGGCAUGGAAAUUUUGGCUCAUCUCUAAUAUAUCCAUUCCUCCCUAUCUCUUAUCCACGCUCCCUGCUGAGUAUCUGGAAUCCGUUAGCGGAACUCUCUGUAUCCCUUUUGUGACCAGUCUGGGGAAAGUUGAACUGGAUCAUCUUGUUUUAAAUGAACAGAAAAGGGAAAUGAUUCUGCAGAAAGUCCAGGAGUGCCUGAAUGGUUCACUUGUGGAUGAAUAUGACAUCGACUUGUUGGGAAAGCUCAUCUGCCAUUUACCCCCCACGUUAAUUUGUGAUGGAAUUUCACUGGAAACCAUGGCGACAAUACUUCACCAGUUCCGGCACUGCCAACACCUUAACUAUGAGCAGAAGAUGGAAAUUAAACACAGAUUGAUUGAUAUAUAUGGCUCCCCCAGAAACUGGACAGCUGAAACGACACUGGACAGUGGGCCCUUCCUAGGCCUUUUGCCCAAAGCUGAAUUAAACAUCCUCGUUGAAAAGUUUCCUGAUAUUAUCCUACAAAUAGCAUCAAAGAUGACUGGGCCAGUUCCUCCAACUGAGGAGCUCCUUUUGGUUCAAUUUGAAUCUGUUCGCAACUCACUUAGAGCACCCAAUCAAUCUCCCGAUUGUGCGGAAGUCCCUGAGCUUUCCUCUGAUGAGAUUAUCAGGUUAUCAGAUGCCAAUGUGUUUUGGUCCCUUCAGGAACUGAGCUGCAUGAAUUCCAACACUUUCAUCAGGACAGUGGAACUCCUUGGCUCUGUCAGUGGUUUCCACCCUUCUCAGCUGAUUGCACUGAAAGAGAAAGCUAAGCAGGCAUGGGGGCCUUUGUCCAGCUGGAAGAGUUAUCACAUUCUUUCCCUUGGGCGCAUUGCCACAAUGCUAAAUGAGACCGAAAUCAGAGAGCUGGAUUUGAGUUCUGUCGAUACGGUUGCUGUGCUUAGUCAGCAAACGGAGUGGAAUCCUCUGCAGGCAAAAUCCAUUUUACUGGGGUUUCUAGAAGACUCGGGGCAAGCAAUGGACACUCUGAAAAGCUUUGAGCUGGCCGGAUUAGGCUCCUCUCUUUGUACUCUGAACUCCACAGAGAUUGCAGCCAUCGAGUCUCUGGAAUUCAGUGCAGUCGUUGCCAGAAUUGGCUCUUUGCCAUGCAGUGUGAGUGUUCUGAAAGAAUUUAAAAAGAAGGUGGAGUCUGUAUUUGGAAAUGCUGCCAGAUGGAACAGUGCCGUCCUACAAGAGAUUGGUACCAUUGCAGCUGGUUUAAAUGAGGGAGAAUUAAAAGCUCUUGAUAAAGAAUUGAUGCCCUACUUCCAGCCAGCGGCAAUAAAAUGCAUACCUGAUGAAGUGUUCAAAGAACUCUCCCCGGAACAAAUAGCGAACCUUGGCCCUGAGAACUCAGCCGUGGUCACGGAGUCCCAGCGCCAGCAGCUCAAUGACUUGCAGCUUCGGAGUCUUCAUCUGGCGCUAGACGGAGCUCGAAUAAGGAUCCGGGAUGCUCCCUUUGGGGAAAGCACUGCGAGACCUACCUACACACCAGUUCUGAGCUCCAUCAAACAGGUACCCAGGCAGAUCCUCUACUCUGCAUCACACUCGUAG